CCUCAAUUAACAGUGCUCAUGUAAACGAAGCCGAUCGUUUCAUCGUUUGAAAAUAUACUUUAUUUUGAAAUGUUUGUUCGAAAACAAUCGAUCAGCUGUCCCAACUCCUUUCCAUUUCCAUUCAAACCGUAUUCAAUUCAAAAUAAAUUCAUGCGGGCAUUAUAUUCAGUGAUUGAAAAUCGUAAAAUUGGUAUAUUUGAGUCACCAACUGGAACUGGAAAAACAUUAAGUUUAAUGUGCAGUGCUUUGAAAUGGCUAUCAGAUCACCAUGAAUUAAAUCGAGUAGAUCUAAUGGAAACAAUUCAAAAUAUGGAAAAAGAAAUCAAAGCUGGCGAAGCAGAAAACGCCAAAAGUGAUGAUUGGUUGGCUGGUCAGUAUGGUUUAUUGGAAAAGAAAGAGCAAUUAAAUAAACUACAAGAACAAUUGAAAGCAAUGGACGAAUACGAUCAUAAAAUCAUUGAAAUGAGAAAAAAAUGGAAAGACCAACUGAAAAUAAAAUCGCUUAAAAAGUUCAAAGAAUCACGUUCAAAUGAUUUACUAGAGAAUGAUUAUAACAAGACUGAACCAGUUGACAAUGAUGACGAAUUUGUAAUUGAAGACAACGAUGGCGAUGGGUACGAGCAAGAUGAAAUAGAAGAUUUACUAGAAAAUCAGUUUCAAAAUACAAAAAUUUAUUUCUGCAGUCGUACACAUUCACAACUAUCGCAAGUUGUAAAUGAACUGAAAAAGACCGUUUAUGGUAAUAAAAUUCGAUUGAUUCAAUUGGCGUCACGCCAACAGCUUUGUAUAAAUACUGAAGUGCGAUCAUUAAAGUCAAAUGCUUUGAUUAAUGAACGUUGCUUGGAACUGAAAAAAAGAAAAUCAAAUCAAACUUGUUGCCAAUCUACACAAACGGAUCAAGAGGGACAUGUUACAAAGAAAUCAAAAGUGAUGAAACCAAGUACGUCGUGUCCAUUUUAUAGCCAAGAUGCUAUUGCAAAUGUUUCGCACAAUGCACUCUAUAACUCUGAUUCAAUUAUGGAUAUUGAAGAUUUGCUUCGAACAGCGAAAACUGAAAAGGGAUGCCCUUACUAUGCAGCUCGGGCAGCACAGGUCGAUGCGGAGGUUGUGAUGCUACCAUAUCAGAUGCUGCUUCAUAAAAAAACUCGCGAACAAUUGGAUAUAAAUAUCAAAGAUAGUGUUGUCAUCAUUGAUGAAGCCCAUAAUCUUCUUGAUACAAUUGCUAGCAUUCACAGUGCCGAAAUCACCGCUGAUCAGUUGCAUCGCAUCUAUCAACAACUAAAUGCAUACAAAACAAAAUAUUUGGAUAGAUUUAGUACGAGAAAUCUGCUCCGUUUAAAUCAAUUAAUUUUCAUAGCCAAUCGAUUCAUGACGAUCAUGAGACCAACAAAACAAUCUCAAAUCGAUGAAAAGGUAGAAUUUACAUCACAAAUGAUGCUAACCCAUGAACUUCUCGAUGAUAUUAAUAUUUCGUAUAGUAAUCUAUUGGAAAUUGUAAAAUUUUGUGAAGAAACACGCUUGGCACAAAAAAUCAACGGUUUUGCGCUACAAUACGCUACUGUAGAGGUCUCUGUACAACCAAAAUCCGAUAAAAAAAACCCAGCACAUUUAUGUUAUCUCCAGGAGUUGUCCCAUAAACAGUCGAGUAAAAAUCAAAACCAAACACAAAACCGAAAUGAAGAAUCAACAUUGGAAACUGAAAAACCACUAGAUAAUACAAAUCAUUUGGGCUCAGCGUCUUUAAUUCGAAUAUUUCUAAGUUUUUUGGAAGCAUUGUUGGAAAAAUCGACAUCAACAGAUGGUCGAAUCUUAAUUUCGAAACAUCGAACAAUUCAAUCAAAAACAUUUAUGAAAUACUUGUUAUUAAAUGCAAGUGAACCAUUUGCUGAAUUAUUGAAUGAAUGUCGUUCUGUCAUUGUAGCCGGUGGUACAAUGCAACCCACAACUGAAUUCAAGACACAGCUAUUUCAAAACGUCAUAGAUCGAAUCGAAGAGCACUUUUAUGGGCAUGUCGUUGCAUCAGAAGCCAUACUACCAAUAGUGGUACCAAAAGGUCCCAGAAACUCAUCAUUUUUGUUCAAUUAUAUGAAUCGAGGAAACAUGGAAAUGUUAGCUGAUUUAACAAUGGUGAUUCAAAAUAUUUGUAGUGUUGUUCCAGCCGGCAUUGUUUGCUUUUUCACAUCUUACGAUGUAAUGGACAACUUUUAUUAUCACCUAAUAGAAUCCAAGUCACUUGAACGUAUUGAAAAAAAGAAGAAAGUAUUCAAAGAGCCUCGGUCCGGUGGCCAUCAAACCGAAAAAAUGUUGUCAGACUACACCAAAGCAGUAAAAUCAGCUUCCAAAUGUGUUGAAGCUGGACAACAAACUGGUGCACUAUUGAUGAGUGUCGUCGGUGGGAAGCUAAGUGAAGGUUUGAAUUUCUCCGAUGAUUUGGGACGUUGUGUUUGUAUUGUGGGGUUACCUUUUCCAAAUAAAACAAAUCCGGAAUUGGCUGAAAAAAUGAAAUACCUAGAUAAAAUCUCUCUCGAGAACAAUAAAACUGAUAAAAGUGUCAAGACAUUUUCAAGUAGUGAAUAUUACGAAAAUUUGUGUAUGAAAGCAGUGAACCAAUGCAUUGGUCGAGCUAUUCGACACAUCAAUGAUUAUGCAAGUGUUUUAUUAAUUGAUGAACGAUAUCAACAGGAACGCAUCAAAAUAAAACUUCCCAAAUGGAUCCAAACGUCAUUACAAGUACCAGCACAUUUCGGCGGUGUACAAGGCUCACUCGUCAAGUUUUUCAAACAGAAAAAAUAAGCAACAUUUAAUUUAAUUCUAACAAGUAUAACGAAUGUCUGUGCUUUACUGUUAUAUAUUAAGAAAAUAAAUGAAAUAAAACACAAAACCCAGUUUUCUCAGUAAA